AUGAUAUUCAGUAACUGCAAGGUUUUCAGAGAAGCUGUUCGUGAAUAUUGCUUGUUGAGUGGGAAACAUGUCACUUUCACCAAGAAUGAAAGGUAUAAGCUGAAGGCAAUGUGUAAAGCAGUGAGUUGUCCAUGGCAGAUUUAUGUGGCUUGGAAAAACCCCACAGAUCAAAGCUUGGUGGUGAAAUAUUAUAAUCCUAUUCAUAAUUGUGUCAGAGUGUUUGAAAACACACAAGCCUCAAGUAAAUGGUUGAGAGAUAAGUUCCUGCCUAGAAUUCAGUCAAAUCCCACGAUGCCUCCACAAUCUAUAGUGAACUCAGCCUCUUCUGAGUUUAAAGUAGGUAUAUCUAUGAUAAAAGCUUACAUGGCAAAGGCAGAGGCAUUUCGAAUCAUUGAAGGAACAGUUGAUGAGCAAUAUACCAUGCUCUGGGAUUAUUGCCAUGAGCUGGAAGACAAAAACUCUGGCUCCACAACAAAGAUGCACUAUGCCUGCCAUUUAAAAGGGAUUUAUGGUGGACAGUUGCUUACAGUAGUUGGGAUCAAUCCUAAUAACAAGACUUGGGUGCUAGCAUAUGAUGUGGUUGGGAUGGAAACAAGGGAGUCAUGGACAUGGUUCAUUGAUCUGUUGGCCAAGGAUGUGGACAUUGUUAAUUCCCAUGGAUGGGCCGUUAUAUCUGACAAGCAAAAAGGACUGCCUGGUCCAUUUGAAGACAUUGUGCCUAAUGUUGAGACAAGAUUCUGUGUGAGGCACCUUUAUGAUAACUUCAACAAAACUUAUAAAGGUAACAUUUUGAGGGAUCAGUUGUGGACCUAUGCUAGAGCUACCAAUGUGCCUUCUUUUAACUAUCAAAUGGAAUUAAUGAAGGCCUUAGAUAGCAAUGCUUGGGAGUGGCUUGCUGAGAAGCCACCAACACAAUGGUCUAAGUCUCAUUUUAGAACACUUAUUAAGUGUGACAUGCUGCCGAAUAACUUGUGUGAAAGCUUCAACAAUAGUAUCAAGACAGCAAAGGACAAGCCAAUUAUCACAAUGCUAGAGAUGAUCAGGUGCUUGUUGAUGAGAAGGAUCCAGUGGAGGAAGGACAAGAUGAGCAGUUGGCCUCAUCAAUUAUGUAAGAACAUUUUUUACCAUGUCCAACACAAAAAGUUAAAAGCAUGCAAUUAUACUGUGCAAUGUUCUGGUGGUCCUAAAUAUCAAGUGGAUGUAGGAAGAGGUGACCAAUAUAUGGUGGACUUGGAUAAUCACACUUGUUCUUGCAGAAAAUGGGACUUGUCUGACAUUCCUUAUGCUCAUGGAAUUGCUGCCAUACAUUACAAAUGA